CCUCCUUAUUAUCUCCGCAGGAAAAAAAAAAAUCGACUCAUCAUGUCUGCAAUCAAAAUCAGCCUUUUGUUCUUAAUUAUCAUCGUUUUUACUGACCUUGCCACCGCCGGAAAACCCCAUGUCAUCGAUUUCCGAUGGUCUAACCUCUACCCAGAAGGCAUGGCUUGGGACCCAUCAGCCCAGCACUUCGUCGUCGGAUCUCUAAACCACCGCACAAUCCUCUCCGUUUCCGAUGCUGGCGUCGUUGAGACCCUGAUUUCCGACCCCACCCUCCCUGAAAACGUCACCGUUCUAGGCCUGACGGUGGAUUACACCAAGAAACGCCUCCUGGCUUGCCUCCACUCCCUUUCCCCUCUCCCCCCAUUCAACGCGCUCGCCGCCUACGACCUCCGCACCCGCCGCCGCCUCUUCCUCUCCAUCCUACCCUCCGACCCCGAUUCCUCCGUCUCCUCCACCCGUCGCGGGCGUGAUGUUGCCAACGACGUAGCCGUCGACUUCAAGGGAAACGCUUACGUCACCAAUUCUAUCGGAAACUUCAUCUGGAAAGUCACCGAAGACGGAGAGGCCUCGAUCUUCUCCAAAUCCCCCGCUUUCACUCGUUACCCCAACAUCAUGGACGAAAACCAACCGUUCAACGAUUGCGGCCUCAACGGAAUCACCUACGUCAGCAAGGGAUAUCUAUUGGUGGUACAAUCCAAUACGGGCAAGAUUUUUAAGGUCGAUGCGGACGAUGGAAAAGCCAGGGUCGUUCUGUUGAACCGGGAUCUGGUGAUGCCCGAUGGGAUCGCGAUGAGGAGGGACGGUGUCGUUUUGGUCGUCUCGACACAGAAGCUUUGGUUUUUGAAGAGCGAUGACAGUUGGUCGGAAGGCGUGGUGUAUGACAAAGCUGACCUCGACGAAGAAGGGUUUGCGACCUCCGUUGCGGUGGGUGAAGAAGGGAGGGCAUAUGUGUUAUAUGGACAUGUGAUGGAGGGCAUAACGGGAAGAGAGAGAGACAAGUUUCGGAUCGUGGAGGUGAGGUCCGAGAAAGAAAACGAGGAUGAACAUGUUUGGAUAUAUGUUCUGUUAGGGUUCGGUUUGGCUUAUUUCUUGUUUUGGAGAUUUCAGAUGAAACAACUUAUCAAAAAUUUGGACAAGAAAACCAAUUAAUUAAUGUAGUUUUGAUCUUUGUAUUUUCCAUCUUUAUUUACAUU